UACUAGUCCGUCAUUCCACAACAACUGAAAUCUCUGGACGGGUUACGCGCAAUCGCCGCCAUUUUACCAGAGGGAACAGCAACAACAAUAACAAUGCGAGGCUGACAACCGCCACAGCUACCCGUACAGAAAAAAGGCUUUGUCGUGAUUGGAUCUGUGCCCCUGCGGUGACCAUCGGCGGCCUCCUCGCUGUUGUGUUUUUGGCCGUGUUGAGUGGCAAGGAGAUAUUUGUCUAAUGAGUGCGGGAGGAGGGCUGCGUUGUGACGGGGAGCUGAGCCACAAUACUGUGGUGCCGGGCUAAUGUAACUAGGAGGCGAGAGCAAUCCGCGAUCAUCAUACACGCCAUACAGGAUGAAAAGAGGAAGAAUGGACUGUCACACCAGCAUAAGUGCGUCAGUCGGAGAGAUGGAGGAAUUGUCAAAGAAAGCAAGAAAUUUAGGGGAUGAAUCUGCGACGAUAUCCAAGGUUCAUGACUGGGGAAAUCUACUUCCUGACAUAUUACUACAGAUUUUUCAGUAUUUGCCUCUUCUGGAUCGUGCACAUGCCUCACAAGUGUGCAGAAACUGGAAUCAUGUUUUUCACAUGCCUGACCUGUGGAGAUGCUUUGAAUUUGAAUUAAAUCAACCAGCAACAUCUUACCUGAAGGCCACACAUCCUGACCUGAUCAAACAGAUUAUUAAGAGGCACUCAAAUCACCUACAGUAUGUCAGCUUUAAGGUUGAUAGCAGUAAGGAGUCGGCAGAAGCUGCUUGCAAUAUCCUAUCACAGCUGGUUAAUUGCUCUUUGAAAACACUUGGACUUAUUUCAACUGCUCGACCAAGUUUUAUGGAUUUACCAAAGUCGCACUUCAUAUCUGCACUUACUGUUGUGUUUGUCAAUUCAAAAUCACUCUCCUCACUUAAAAUUGACGAUACACCGGUUGAUGAUCCAUCUUUAAAAGUACUGGUGGCGAACAACAGCGACUCAUUGAAACUUCUGAAAAUGAGCAGUUGCCCGCAUGUUUCUCCUGAAGGAAUUUUGUGUGUAGCAGAUCAGUGUCACGGUCUGCGGGAGCUGGCGCUGAACUAUUACUUGCUGAGCGAUGAGCUUCUACUGGCACUGUCUUCAGAAAAACAUGUCCGUCUGGAACACCUGCGAAUUGAUGUUGUAAGCGAGAACCCAGGACAAACUCCAUUUCACACCAUUCAGAAAAGCAGCUGGGAUGCUUUAAUAAAACACUCUCCCAAGGUGAAUUUGGUCAUGUACUUUUUCCUCUACGAAGAGGAGUUUGAUCCAUUUUUCCGUUAUGAAACCCCAGUCACACACCUAUACUUUGGGAGAUCUGUAAGCAAGGAAGUGCUUGGUCGUGUUGGCAUGACCUGUCCUCGGCUAGUGGAACUGGUCGUGUGCGCUAAUGGACUUCGGCCUCUUGAUGAGGAACUGAUUCGUAUUGCAGAGCGUUGCAAAAGUCUGACAGCCAUUGGACUUGGGGAGUGUGAAGUCUCUUGCUCUGCUUUUGUAGAGUUUGUAAAGAUGUGUGGUGGCCGCUUGUCCCAGCUUUCUAUAAUGGAAGAAGUAUUAAUUCCGGAUCAGAAGUAUAAUCUGGAGCAAAUUCAUUGGGAAGUUUCAAAGCAUCUUGGCAGAGUCUGGUUUCCAGACAUGAUGCCUACUUGGUAACGAUCUGAAACCGGUUUAAUUCCAGUGGAUAUAUGGAAUAGCACCUUAAAUCUUCAGUAUAUUGCAUGGCGAGCUGAUAAACUAAUCUGCAGAUUUAUUUUUCUUUCUUCCUCAUUUUCGCUUUAUUUAAAAUAUAUGGAGAGGUAAUUUUAUUCCAAUUUGAAACCACCAUUUGAAAAAAUGUAGGGCCCAUAACACUGCUUUCUGUUUUAUGUAAAGUCUAUAGAUUGGAUUAAAAUAUAUUUGUAAGGAAGCUAGGCUAAAAGUAUGUUGUCUGCUCAAAAUACUUAGGAUUCAUUUUGAAGCAUUCCGUAUAACGCAAAGCAUAAUAUACGUUUUCAUAGCCUGAAAUGGUACGCAAUUUAGUUUGCACAGUUCUGCUACUAUGUGUAUUUUGCCAAAAGCAAAUACCAGUUUUGUACUUACAUAAUGCAGCUAUCAUUUUAUUUACCCAAUAAACAGGCCCUGCCCACUUGUGUCAA